AUGUUCCCGCCGUUUUCCCCCAUCUUCCGAAGUCUCAAGGCGAUGGCCGUGCCAAGUGCUAGGAGCGCUUACUACACUCUUUUCCAAGCUCUACAUCGCGGAGAUGAUCGCGUCCACACUCGUUCUCAACACAAUACAAGACGCUGGCCCCAAGAUGACUUUUUUGAUCCAGGUCGGGACAUUAGAACCAGCAUCCUUGGAGAUUGGGGAAUGAUGCCUAAUCCACCAACUUCAAGGGGUCUUCUUACACCACCCACGCCGACAACGCCGUUAGAAACCACAAACACUGUGCCUCCCACAAUCCAAACGCAAACAAGUACAAGUACUACCCAUGCUCAAGUUCCGACGACAACCCCUUCAGCACCGCCUAACAGAAGCACCAGUACUAGUGCGACGGAUGUGGGAACAACUGGAAAUGCAUCACACGACAAUAGCCCAAUCGGAACCUCCAAUACCCAAGCUCAACUCCUGCCGAACUCUGAAACCCUCACCUCGUUGAACACCCCUUCCCAACAAGGACUGGGCACAGUUCCUACGACAGUAACCGAGUCGAUAUUCUCAAUGACAACCCAGCUCGUCACCCAGACGAAUACCAUAAAAACAAACCAUCAGAAUAACACUCCGGUCAUUGUAGGAAGCGUCAUCGCCUCUGCCGCUCUUCUCUGUGUCCUGUCCUGGGUGGUAGUAUGUCUUCGGCGACGGUCUUCUAAAAAGGCGUCCCUCGUUUCGCCCUUCGAAACGCUUUCGAGCGCUCAGAGAUAUACGGGGGUUGGUGGCAAGCUCCAGACCGAAAGGGAGAACAUGCGUACCUAUCAGUGGGUUGAUGUAGAUGCUGGACAGAAUACUCGUUUCGAAACAGUGAUUGCCACUCACGGCGACUCUGCGGUUUCUGGUCCCCCGCCGUCCUAUCAGCCAUGA